GCUCCUUCGUUAAAAUAACCCAAACACAUGUCAUCUGUUUUCUCGUGUUUACUUUCGUUUCUGCACAUCGACCUACUGUUUCUCUAUUUCUGCUUAACUUAUUUCUGUUUAAACCAAGUUACGUAAUCCCGUUUAACACCCCGGAAGUUUUUGGACACUUUUGGUUUUGAACUUUGGAGUUUCCUGAAGUUUUAACCAAACAGCAGCAAAACGAGUCCCGGAGAAGCAGCGCAGUUUACAGCGGUGCUCCUCGGUCCCACAGCCGCAGCUCCGUGCACCUGCCCCGGCCUCAGACAGCGGUGCUCCUCGGUCCCACAGCCGCAGCUCCGUGCAUCUGUCCCGGCCUCAGACAGCGGUGCUCCUCGGUCCCACAGCCGCGGCUCGGUGCUCCUGUCCGGGCCGUGUUUCUCGCGUCUCUCCCCCGCGGUGCCAUGGCUCGUUACGCGGACAAAGUGGUGAUAGUGACCGGAGGAUCCAAAGGCAUCGGCCGCGGGAUCGUCACCGCGUUUGUUGAGAACGGAGCCAAAGUGGUGUUCUGUGCCAGAGGAAGUGCAGCAGGUGAAGCCCUGGAGGCGGAGCUAAACCCCAAAGGACCAGGAUGCUGUAAGUUCCUGAGCUGUGACAUGAACAAAGAAGACAAUAUCCAGAGGCUGAUCUCCUUCACUGUGGAGCAGUUUGGACACAUCGACUGUCUGGUGAACAACGCGGGCUGGCACCCUCCUCACAAACCCACAGACGUCACCGGCGCUCAGGAGUUCAGAGAUCUGCUCAACCUGAACCUCAUCAGCUACUUCCUCGCCUCCAAAUUUUCUUUGCCGUACCUGCGUCAGCGCCAGGGAAACAUCAUAAACGUGUCCAGUUUGGUCGGCUCCAUCGGACAGAAGGACGCAGUACCGUACGUGGCCACUAAGGGGGCGAUCAUCUCCAUGACCAAAGCCAUGGCUGUGGACGAGAGCCGCUACAGAGUGAGAGUGAACUGUCUGUCUCCUGGAAACGUGAUGACGCCGCUGUGGGAGGAGCUCGCCUCUCAUACGGCAGACGCUGCAGCCGCCAUCACAGACGGAGAGAACUGUCAGUUGUUGGGUCGUAUGGGCACUGAGGCAGAGUGUGGAGCGGCCGCCAUGUUUCUCGCGGCUGAUGCUUCAUUUUGCACCGGGAUCGACCUCCUGCUGAGCGGAGGAGCAGAACUCAACUACGGAUUUAAGAACCAGACCUCAGGAUCCAAGUGAGAACCAGAACCAGGCCCCAAGUGAGGAGGAGGAGAACUACAACCGUAAGACCCACGUGAAGGGAGGAAGAGGAGGAGGAGGUGGAGGAGGAAAUGACAAAAAAAGAUCUCAGUAUUUCUUCAUCAUAAAUAUGCAACAAUGUGCCUGUUGUAAUAAAAACCCAUGACUUGUUUUCAGAUUAUAGAACGUGAUGAUGUCGUCCUACCAGAAGGGGGUGAAACAGUUUUCUGUAUUGAUUACAUUGUACUUUACUGUAAAAUAUCCAAAAGGUAAAUUCACAAAUGUUGAACCUGAUCAUUUCUAUCAGUGACUAGACCCAAGAACUCACUGUACAACACAAAUCUACAUUUGACCUUCAUUCAUUUUAUCUGUUUUAAAUAUGACAGACCUGUAGAAUGUGGUGAUGUCUGAAACCAGUGGUGGAAAGUAACAAAGUACAAGAGGUAAAGUACUGUACUUAAAUAGUUUUUAUGUAAUUGUACUUAAGUACAUUUUACAGUGGAUACUUUUUACUUUUACUUCACUAUAUUUGAGAGAAGGUAUUUGUACUUUGUACAUUUUUGAACUGGACUUAAAAGUAAAAAGUCUUUUUACUAUGAGGGGUUAUGUUUGUGGAAACAUCCAGGCUAAAGUUUUUGAGUUCAACCUUCGGUUUUGAGCAAACAAAAAUAAAUUCACAAAAUUCAUGAGAAAAAUGUGUUUCAUAUUGUUGCUGUUGAACAAAAUAUUAUUUUUAAUCUGUAUCACUACAUUUAACACUUUAACAAAUGAACACUUGUGUGAAAUACUUUAAGUACAUUUUUAAAUAGGUACUUAAGUAAUUUUUUCAUGAUACUUUCACUUGAGUAACAUUUUAUUGUCUCUGUACUUUUACUCAAGUAACAAAAUGGAGUACUUCUUCCACCACUGUCCGACACUCAGCUUUUGUGUAAGACCACAGCUGAUCUUUUACAAAUCGUUUUUACUGUUUUACUAAAUUUUGUUUUACUGUAUUUUCUAAUAAAAGAAAUAGAAUUA